AUGAUUUCUACCGAGCAUAAUUAUCUCAACGGGAGCGAUCAACACAAAUGGCUGGAAGAUGAUCUCGCUAAUGUUGACCGGAACAAGACCCCAUGGGUCAUCGUUACUGGUCAUAGGCCGAUGUACACGUCCUGCGCCUUAGACAAGUUCAACGGGGAUAUCGCCGAGGAGCUAAAAUCUAAUGUGGCUCCUUUGUUUAAGAAGUACAAUGUAAGCAUCUACUUCACUGGCCACAUACACGCUUAUACUCGUACUUCUGCUAUUGACGGCACGGUCCACAUUCUAGCUGGCUCGGCGCGAUUCUUGAACCUUGUAUGUCCAAUUGGCACCAUGCCUCAUGUGGAGAAGGCUUUAAGUGUGAUUGGUUACAUUGAGCUCGACGUUGUGAGCAGGAGUGAACUCCGUGGGACAUUCUGGGGAUAUAAUGUCACUAGUGGGGAGGUGACUGUACAGGAUACUUUCAUAGUUGGAAGUUAG